AUAAAUAUUUAUUAACAGUUUGAUAAACAUGACAAUUUACAUUCCAACAAAUUUCAUAACAGUGUUGAGGUAUUCAGUGGGUGUCUUGGCACCAGUGAUUAAUAAGGUAUUCUCUUCUACGAUUCUCUAUCAAGGUGGCGGCACUUUCUUCUUUUGGGAGCAAGUCUGCCCCCAGAUUCUAGUUAUCUGAUGGUUAGUUUAAUAUCUUCGUGUUCGGUCUUAAUCAAGUCUAGGAACUUGUAUAUAUUUGGAUGGCCCUGACCAAGCUUCUUCAGUUUACAGUGCCAACCUUCCAAAUGAUUAGUGUGUUCUUGGCCUACACCCACAGGGAGGGUUGGAUGGCCGAAUGGUUAGCACGUGCGCACUGUAUCAUAUGGUCUGUCAUUGAGUCAAUUGCCAGGGUUUCGAUUCCCUGGUUGUACGUGACAAGGAGUAGGGUCAACUGUCCAACCUUGUGGGUUUUCUUCGGGUCCUCCGGUUUCCUCCCACUGCUAAAGACCCCUACGCGCAAGCGAAUGAUUGAAAUAAUGAUUGUUUUUUUUCUGGGUGAGCUUUUUUACCCGUACUGCUACACACUCAUACGCACAAGCAAAUUUAACCAUGUGUUGGUCCCGAAAUGACCUAGUUUGUGUCGAGUGGACGUUAAACCUCAUUUCUCUCUCUCCCCCCCCCCCCUCUACUGUCCAGUAACCUCAUAAUCCCUUAUCAAUCAGAUGUGGGGAUAGUUAGGUUAAACUCUUGAAACAUCCGUCAUUUUAGUUAUUAAAUAGCACUGUUAGUAUGUAAUAAUCAGAUCAUGUUAGGACGAAAAGCAGUCACUUACAACCAUUAUUUUUGUUUUAUGAUAGAUUCUAAGAAAAGAAAGAGAAAAACAGAGAAAGGGAUACUUGGUGUUCCUAAGAGACCGAUGCUAUUUUCUUUUAAUGUACGUCAAGGUGAAGAAUGGAGCUCUGAUUCAGAAGAUUCAGAUUAUAUCCCUUCUGAUGAGGAAAUAUCUAAUACCAAAAGGAAAGUUAAUAGAAGGAAACGCAUAAAAAAUUCCAAGGAACAAAAACCUAAAGAAUCAAUUGUUGAGAAGUCAACUGAAAGAAGUGGAGUUAGCUUACAGUUACCAGAAGAAAUUUUACUGAAAGUAUUUCAAGAAUUAGUAAAUAGUCAGGGUACUCUCCCAUUCCUUGUAAGAGCAUCAAAAGUUUGCAGAACAUGGAGAAAUGUUGCUUGUGAUCCCACAUUAUGGAGAAAAGUGGAUUUGUCUUUUGGUUGGAUUAAGAUGAGUGAAAGGGUAUUAAAAUGGUUAUGUGAAAACAGAUUGACCCACUGCAGGGAUGUCAACUUAUCUGCAUCAAAAUUUUUCGUCAACAGCAACAUAAAGCUAUUAACAGAAACCUGUUCACAGUUAAAAGUUAUAAAUAUAUCAUAUUGUAAAGUAACCACAGAGACAAUUGUAACAAUAGCUGAAAAUUGUCAUCAAUUAACAUCACUUGAUCUAUCUUUUACACCUGUAGAUGCUGUAUGUUUACAGAGUUUAAAAGUUUUGUUACCUAAACAUGGCCUUUAUCUUAAACAACUUACUAUGGGAGGCAAUACCUAUAAGUCUUUCAAUUCCGUAUUUAAUUUGAUUUUAAGUCACUGUCCACAGCUAGAAAUGUUGGAUAUUUCUAAUUGCUUAUUUUCCACUGAUAUCGUUUUGGUCAAUGUGAAAAAAUUCCAGAAUUCUUGUCCCAAUUUACAAAUCUUAGGACUAGCCAAUUCCAGAAUUGGAGUUUCACAGGAACCUGGAUUAUCAUCGUUUCCCAAGUUAGAACAGUUAAGUGUAGCAUACAAUAAACCAGGAGAUCAACCAAGAUCUUGUCUUAAUUUAGAUCUUGUUACAAGGAUUCUACAUGAUUCACCUGAUUUAAAGUUAUUAGAUCUACGAGGUAAUGAUAAUAUAGAUUGUUAUAACUUGUGUAAUAUAGACAGUAAUAAUGUACAGUCUCUACAUGCCUCGAAUACAGCUACACAAAGGGAUGGUUCUCAAUAUCAACGGCUGGCAUUAUUGUUGACGAAGUGGAGAAGAAGUCUUUUAGAAUUAGACUUAUCGUGGAGUACUUUACGGGAAGAAGAUUUAAAUCAUGCCUUCAAAGGACUGGUUAAUAUGACCGAUCAUUGCCCAUUAUCCAGCCUCAACUUGGCAGGAACAAAUGUGACACAAGAAACAGUAAGUCUUGUAUUGAACAAAUGUCAAGACUUAACCUCUGUGAACCUUACCUCAUGUCGUGGAAUGACCCGUGGUUUUAAAAGAGAAUUCCAAACAGCAGCAGAUGUCAGAAAAUUACGAAAGGAAUUGAAUUCAAUGGAUUCAAGUGAUUCAAGUAACUGAAAAGCAAACUAAAGAACACACUACCUCUGUAUGGAUAACCUGAUGGUUAAAAAUAAACAUAUAAUGACAAAGAUGUCCAGGAAAUUUGAUAAAAUGUUGGUUAUGUUAUAUAAUAGGACUUCUGUGGGAACUGGAUUAUUAACUGUUCCUGUAUGCAAUCUGAUAGAUCCUUCUGUAUAACUUGCAUAUCAUGUCAAGACUUGUUUGUAUGCUGUAUUACAAGAGAUCAAUGCGACCCGAAGAUGAUCAACAUAAAUGCAGAUUGAAUUCGUAUAAAAUUUGUGACAUUUUAUAAUCUUAACUUGUAAGUAAGAAACCAUUUACCCAAUAAUAAUAUUGUCAAAUAUCCAGGCCUCUGAUUAGCUGGUUAUCUUAUUAAUGACCAUUGUUUCAACGGUUCCUGAUAGGUUAAAGACUGAACUCGGUGAAGCUGACAGAAGCACAUAAAUAUACAGUACUGCAUCGAUAAGCACAAUGUUAAUCCAAUAAUGACUAUUUCUAAAGAUGUGAGGUAAAUCAGGGGGUUGUAACUCCAGGUCCACUUCUAUUACUGUAACAGCCUCCAUGACAACAAAGCAAGCAUUGCAUAUCUGACAGUUUUUGUUUGAAAUUUACAAAACAAACAAUUGGCUGAUAGACUAUAAAUAGAAAGUGUCCGAAACAAAACAAUGCUCGUAAGCAAGAUAAAAAAAUAUCACAUUCAAAUGCUUGCUAGCUCAGAAGUCUUCAUCAAGUGUCGCUCAGUAAUAAGCAGUAAUUGUAUUCCACAGAAAUGUGACCUGUUUAAAGAUCACUUUGCAUGUUUUGAGGGUAUAAAUAAUUAUGGUACUGCAAUUCAGUACCAUAUGUGUAUUGAAUAUGUCUGAUCUCAAAAAUGAACAUAAUUCAUGUAAUUGUUAUAAUUGAUACUUGCAGCAUAUCUACAUAUUCCUAUAUUAGUAUUUUUUUUUUCUUUUUAACAUUAUUGUCUUAAUUGCACAUUUUGAAUUAAUAAAUUAUUCUAUUACCAUACUCAGGUAAAAGUUUAACACAAUUUUGAAAAUUUAUUCCCCAUUUGGUCAUUUUUUAUUGGUAUACAUACAUAUACCUGUACAGUGUCUAUUUUAUUUGGAUUUUAACUUAUAAUAAAAAGAUUUAUAUUCUAUUUAAUACAUUUUAUUAUAAUUGUUGGUACUUACACACCAUAAAAGAAUAAAUA